AUAACGAUGAGCCGAAAGAACAACCAAAAAACGAAGAACCUAAACAGCCUAAUGGUCCAAAACAACAAGAUAACGAUGUACCGAAAGAACAACCAAAGAAUGACGAGCCUAAAGAGCAGCCAAAGAACGAUGCACCGAAAGAACAACCAAAGAAUGAAGAACCAAAGCAGCCUAAUGGUCCAAAACAACAAGAUAACGAUGAGCCGAAAGAACAACCAAAAAACGAAGAACCUAAACAGCCUGAUGCGCCGAAAGAACAACCAAAAAACGAAGAACCUAAACAGCCCGAUGCGCCGAAAGAACAGCCAAAGAAUGACGAGCCUAAAGAGCAGCCAAAUAACGAUGCGCCGAAAGAACAACCAAAGAAUGAAGAACCUAAGCAGCCUAAUGGUCCAAAACAACAAGAUAACGAUGAGCCGAAAGAACAACCAAAGAAUGACGAGCCUAAAGAGCAGCCGAAGAACGAUGCGCCGAAAGAACAACCAAAGAAUGAAGAACCAAAGCAGCCUAAUGGUCCAAAACAACAAGAUAACGAUGCACCGAAAGAACAACCAAAGAAUGAAGAACCUAAACAACCGGAAGAUCCUCCAGCCAAAGAAGGAGCAAAGGACCCAGAAAAGGAUCCUGUAGAAGACCCUGGAAAAGAACCUAAGCAACCGGAAAAUCCUCCAGCUAAGAAACCAGACGUUACAACUACAAUAUUCGUAAAUGAAAAGAUACCACCGGCACCGUCUCCGGAUCCAAAAAAUCCAGAUGAGAAUCCAGAUGAAAAAAACAAUGAACCCGAACUAAACAAAGAUAAAAAUAACAAUAAACAACCAAAUAUUGGACCGGAUGCUCAAGAAGCGGGGAAUGACGAGAAAGUAAUUUAUACAACAUAUACAACCACCAUCACGAGUAUAAUACCGGGAUAUAGUACGACUAUAACUACAACAAAUAAUAAUGGAAAGCCUACGACAUAUGAAACUUAUAUACCACCGACGACUGUAGUUAUCGUAAAGAAGAUUACGUCACUGCUUCCGGUUCCAACCGGAGACCAAAUUGCUUUCGGUGAAUCUCUCAUUCUUGACGGAUAUCAGGGGAUUUUAGGAGUUUGGAUAAGUUUAAUAAUUGUGAUUGCGAGUAUGAUAUUUACGAUUAUUGCGUAA